AUGUCUCUAUGGAGACAGGGAUAAACAGAUGAUAACAAAUUCUCAGCAGCCUUUAAAGCUCAUUUGAGUGUAUGGGUUGGCGUUUGAGGUGAGGCAAGGAGAGGCAGUGCAGGACAGCGAGAGAGGCAGAAGGGACUUGACAUUAGCCAGAGAUAUUCUUCAAGAUGGCGGAGAGCACAGACCUGGAGCAGCUGAUGAACUCCUUUAAGAAGUUUGCGAUCCACGGAGACACCAAGGCGACAGGGAAGGAGAUGAACGGGAAGAACUGGGCUAAACUGUGUAAGGACUGCAAGAUCAUCGACGGGAAGAAUGUCACCGGCACUGACGUGGAUAUCGUCUUCACGAAAGUCAAAGCGAAGACGUCCCGGGUGAUCACCUACGAGGAAUUCCAGAGAGCCCUGGAGGAGCUGGCCCCGAAGAGGUUUAAAGGUCAGAGCAAAGAGGAGGCCCUAACGUCUGUCUACAAGCUGAUAGAGGGCAAGGAGCCCACCAACGUAGGAGUCACGAAAAUGGCGAAGACAGCCGCAGUGGACAGACUGACGGACACCACCAAGUACACAGGCUCCCACAAAGAGCGCUUCGACGAGAGCGGGAAGGGGAGGGGUAAGGGCGGGCGGGAGGAGCUGGUGGAGGAGACGGGAUACGUCGGCUCCUACAAGAACGCCGGAACCUACGAGGAGAAAACCAAGGCUAAGUAGACCACCGGGCCAGGCGGUGUGGUCAACAGGCCCAGUAGACCACCGGACCAGGCGGUGUGGUCAACAGGCCCAGUAGACCACCGGGCCAGGCGGUGUGGUCAACAGGCCCAGU